GACUGUUGCGUUCACUGUCUCCUGGCCUGUCUGUUCUGCGAGCUGCUGUCCAUGUGUUCGGUCCUGGGGGAGUGCCUGGUCUGCGGGGUGGGGGGGUCCGGCUGCAGCUGCUGCUGCGUGGAGGCGGCGGGGGAGGCGGCCUGCACCGAGGAGGCCUGUCAGGCCCUGUUGGAUUGUGGGAUUCUGGAGGACUGCUGCGGCUCGUCAGACUGCCUGGAGGUCUGUCUGGAGUGCUGCUCCAUCUGCUUCCCCUCCUAGACCGGCCAAUCAGAGGCGGACUACAAGAUGAUGUCAUGAGACUUUUUUCGCUGGAGACUACACUGUUUCAUCCUGGAAAUUGAUCUCUUUGUUUUUCCAUUUUCCAGAUUUAAUGAUCAAAGGACACAAAGACCACUAAGGUCUAUGUAAAGAGACUUCAGAUCCAGUAUUAGGGACCACUAAGGUCUAUAUAAAGAGACCUCAGAUACAGUAUUAGGGGACCACUAAGGUCUAUAUAAAGAGACUUCAGAUACAGUAUUAGGGGACCACUAAGGUC